GCCUGAGGACUGCAUUGACUUUUCACUGGGUUCUUCAAGUGCCAGUGGUGAGUGUGGUCAAAGUGGUUGUAACUAUCUCCGACACUUACACACAUUGGCAGAUCCAUAUGUCAAGCUCUUCUGCCAAGGUUCAAGCUUUAACACCUGAACAAAGCCGCAAUUCACAAAACUGGUGAAGAUGGGAGUGGAGCCUCUCAUCAUCUAAUACAUCCUGGUAGGUUUCGCAGAAAUGAAUGAGCUUCCACUUCUGUGGAGAUUCUGUGGAGAUUUGUGAGUUCAUGCAUGAAGCAGUAGAUAAGACUGAGCAAAGGGAAUCUGAGAAAUUGCCUCUCAGAAUUCAUGUUGGCAGAGUUUGUUCCUCAACCCUGUAGCUUUGUGGUGAGAAGGGUUAGGGUUAGCUAUGGCAGGGUUUGGAGCCUGGGAUAAUCCUGCAUCGUCUCAUGCUGCUGUUCAGCUCAGCAGCCCAGCAACCCUUAUCACAAACCUGACAAAUCUGACUCAGCUUUACUGGAACUUCUCAUCCAUUAACUUUGUUAUUUUAUUCCAUGUGCAGCUGUACUCAUUCUAUGUGUCUGUUACAGUUUUGUUUUUCAUCUUUUAAUUUUCAUUUGUUCUCUCUGUUUUACAUACAUUAUUAAAUGAAGAAAAAAUCCACCUUCUCAGCUAUUUCUCCACAAGGAGGCAUUAUUUCCUCAAGUCAGGCUGAGCGCUCAGCCGGGAGUCUCCUGCUCCAGCAAAAUCAGCUGGCAGCUACCAAAGUGCAGGGUUGAUGAUGCCACAGAGGGAAGCUGAAACCUGAGCACCUGAGAGCACGCAGAGGUGUGCAGACAUCUUGUUCAGGUUUGCCUGGGAAUGUGCAGGGUGUCGGCAGAGUGGCGUUGUGUGGGGUUUUCUUUCUCAGUAUGCUGUUCUGUAGUCCUUUCCUUGUACCCAUUGAAUAAUCGGUGGUAAGCAGAGGAAUUUACUAGCUGCUCCUUUUAAUCUGUUUUAGAGCAAUUUGAAUUUGUAAAGUACUUUGCUGCCAGUUGUCCAAAAUUUAGUUUGCAAAUUCAAAGAUGGCUUCACCAUUGCUCUCAUUUUACAGAUGAAGUUCCGAGCUGACAGCAUCAUGAUCAAGGCCACCUAGUGAGGCUCAGUGUGGCAUUUGUGGAUAAGCUAAGCAGUUCUUUUCAGGGGAUGCCUGCCUGUGUGAUUGCUUUCUGUAGGAGGGCCCAAAUACUGUGGCUGUUUAUAGCCUUUGCUACCACUAUGUGGAGAACGUGCAAGAGCCAAGAGCUUUUCAGUGGUGGGGAAAUGGAUGCUGCUGCCUCUUUUUUUGGGGGGGGGAGAAGGGGUGCCUCUUUGCCAGCUUUAGGAAGGACCAUUUCCAGGGGAUGGGGUGGGGAGCAGGCGAGCCGUGCUUAGCAGGGCCUGCUUUCUGCACACCGAGAACUUGCUUCAUUAGCAGGAAAUCCUGGGACCUCUUGGGUUUCAGAUGCAUAUCUCUGUUUUCCCCUGAAAACCACCUUGAAUCAGCAUUUGGGUUAUGAAACAAAAUUAUCAGUAAUUUCCAGUAACUAAGCUGACCCCAAUUCUGGUUAAUGUAAGAGGUUUCCUGCCUGCUUGGUAUUUUAGUGACAGCAAAGCUACCUGCUUGAUUUCCUGUGCACUGUGAGGAGAAGCUCACGUAAGAUGCCUCCUGGAGACUGAGGGUGUCUAUCACCUCUGGGUGAUGGAAGUAAGAGUCAUGGUAGGUCCUUGGUUGUGGCUGCAGAGGUCUAGCUUCUGAGCGCAUCCCAGUUAAAGCUCAAAGUGAUCUUAAGAGUGAUUAGGAAAAAGAUCUGACAGAAUAAGGCUGCAAUGCUGCAGUGUCUGCCUGUGAUGUGUCCAUGUUUUAAGAUACCAGGAAGGGCCAUAGCUUGGUGUACCCUCAUAUACUGUGUCAGGUAGGAGGGGGCAGGCAGCAACCUGGAUCAGACGCAAGAGGGCUUGCAGGCGCCACCCAUCACCUGUGCCUGCAAAUUGCUUUGAAAGGGGCUUUGCAUGUCCUCACAAUAAACUGAAGCCCCUUUGAAAGAACUAUCUAAGUGAUAAGGUGCAUAGUCGGAGAUUGCUGUUUAUAUCUUGAGGCUUAAGUAGCCUCCGUGGCACAAAGGGCUGCCUAUCAGCCAAGGCCAAUACACUAAUGGCAACCAGCCCUGGACAAGGUAGUUAGUCAGAGCUGUCCAUGCCCUGGCUGUGGUUUGAUUACUGCAAUGUGCAUGGGGCUGCCAUUGAAGACAAUCUGGAAUGCCCCUGCUGCUUGGAUUGCUGACAGGAAAUGAGCAAAGAAUGCAAACCUUUCCGAUGUUGAAACAGAUCCCAGUGAGUUUCUGAGCCAAUUCAAAGGGCUCUUUAAACCCUGACAUGUCUUAUCUGAACCCAGUCAUUUGUUGGACCACCUUUACCUGUAUCAAUCCAUCCGCCCACUGAGUUGGGCACCUGAGGCCUUUCCCUGGGUGCCUCCACCACCCAAAAUGUGGCAGAUGGCAACAGGGAAGAGCCUUUUCUGUGGUGGCUUCUCACUUUGGAAGAACCUUCCCAUGGUGGUCCACAUGGAUACCUCAUUGCUGUCAUUUAGAAAACUGGCAAAAGCAUGUUGGUUUUCCUAGACUGCUACAACAUUAACAUAUAUUGUAAAAGAAUGAUGCAACAAAUGCAAAAUACAGUACAUACAGCAGAUCAACGAAAACAAUAUAAAACAGCAUCACAACUCCAGUUAAGAACACUGGAAGAUUCUGAUUCUCAUUUGGGCUGGCACAUUGGAAGUGGCAGAAGUGUUUGAUUUUACCAUCUAUUUAAACUGACAGUUGCUUUUCAGUUUGUUGAAUUAUUUUGGUGUUUUACUUUUUAAUGUUUUAUUUAAAUUGUGCUUUUUGAUUCUUACUAGUCCCUUAGCAUUCUGGGCAUGCUGAAGAUGCAGGAUAUAAAUUAUGGACAUAAACUAAGCCUAGGACUGCAGCCGCCUUCAUUUUCUCAGGCCUGACAGCUUUGCAAGGGAGGAGGGCUAGGACCCUUUGGCCCCCUUCCCUUGAGCGCUACAGGACUAGCACUGACUCCCAGCAGAAACCAGCUCUCUGCUCUGUCCCACUUUCCCCUAGAACUCUGUGCUUUGCUUCUGGAUAUCACAUUUUAGGCAACAGACGCUGUAUGUGAGGGGGUGCCUGAUGGCCCGCCACCCUCCAGCAUCUCUGGAGCAUCUCUCUGCUCACCCGCCCGUGGAGGGCGGCCAUAACAAGGGGGGCUCCCUCGUGCUGGCAGCUCUAGAAGUGCCAACUAGGCACAAAUUAACUGUUGCUACUUCAAACUAGAAAACACACGGAGGUCUGAAAGUUAACAAAAAGGUGGAGCCAUGAGAAGUGCAAUUGAGCUUCCCCGUUCCACCCGUUUGAUUUCUGGUUGAAGGAAGACGAACCAGAGGGGACCGGAUGGGGAAGGAACGGGUAGCUACCUGCCAAGGGAGGGAGAGGAAAGACGGUUCACCUGCUGGGCUAGAUGCGGGUCUGAUCUGACACAGCAGGGCUCGUCUGACGUUCUGGGGGGGGUGGGGGUAAGGGAGCCCAGGGCAGCCACGUUGUUUUGGCACAAGCACUUCGUCCCCUCCCUGGCAGUCCAAGCAGAAAAGUAACAAACAGCUGCCCUCGCAGGGCACACAAAAUCGGCGGCCGAGGCCGGCGCUGCUGCGCAGGAUUCCGGUGACCUGCUCGGGUGCCCCGAGGCCAGCUGCUCAGCGCUCCGGAGAGGACCGCUCACUCGCUUCAUGCACGGGAAGCGCUCGGGCCAAGCCUGGGAGCCGGUGGUCAGGCCAGGCCAAGCCAAGAGCCGCAGCCUUGGCACAGGCGAAGGGCCGGCCUUGGAAUCGCCGUGGCUGCUGGCAGAUGGGGCGGCCCCUAGGCGCUUCCAGGUUCCUUUUCUCUGCUCGCCCGCCCGCCCGGGGGGCGCUUCCUCCUUUCGGGCAAGCGGGCAGGGGGCCCAAAGAAGGCCCGCCUCUCCUGCUCGCUGCUGCAGUCGGGAGUGACGGCAUCCGGGGGCGCCCGCCCGCUUCCCUGGCUGCCUUUUCGCCUGCGCUCUCGGUGCCCCUCGUCGGGAGGAGGAGCCGUAGAGGGCCGCCCCCUCUCCGGUCCGUCCGGCGGUUCCUGGGAGUAAACAAGCGCUGCGCCUCCGCCUCCUGCUGCUGCCCGCGGGGCGGGGGCUCCUCCGGGCUGGGCUUCCCGGUCCUUCCCUCCCGUCUAGGUGACGCUGCUCCUGCCGCCGCCCAUAAAGGGGCCAGACGGGUCGGGCGGGCGCUGCCAGACGCAGGAGCCCUUCGGAGGAGAGGAGCAGCCGGCGGCGGCCCGGUAAGGCAGCGGCCGGUGUUUCGGGCAGGGGCCGGGGGGGGGGGAGCGAGCUAUCUAGCAGUCGGUCCGUCCGCCCUGUUGCUGCUGCUGCCCGUCCCCCUGGAGGCGACUGGACGGGGUUUUUCUCGCUCGACCCGCCUGGGCCCUUCCCGAGGAAAGCUUCUCCGACGGCCCUGGCUGGAGAAGGGCUCGGCCAGGUCUUUCCCGACGGCGCGGCCGUGACGCUUGAAGCCGAGUAGUGUGAGGUCCCCGGGAGGCGGCGCAGGUGGCGCCUGGCCCUUGCCGGCCUCCCCGAGCAAUGCCCACUCGGGGCAUGGCACAUUCCCGAGGCCGUCUUCAGCCGGGCCUGUCGGCGGCAGGACCCCCCAAGGGCAACCUCCCCUCUUUGGCGUGGCUUGUUUUCCUCCCUCGCCGUCUCCUCCGGCUUUCCGUCUUUAACCGCGGCGAGGGGAGGCGUGAGUCACUCUGCCUGCCAGACGAGCCUGGGCGGCCAGCUGCGCUGCGCUGGGGGGCCAGGCAGAAGUCGGCGUGGACGUGGCUUUCCCGACGGAAGCGACGGCCCGGCAGCCCCGAGAAAGUUCCCCCGGACCACUUCCCCGCCCCCUAUGAAACGGGGGAAGGCUCCCACGGAUUGGACCCCCAUUUAAUAAGCAGAGAGAAGUGGGUUGCCAAUAUCUUGGGGUACCAUACGGGGGACCUGGCUACUCUGGAGUUGUCCUAGGGUGGGAGGGGGGGAUACAAGGCCACCGCUUAGCUUCCACCGGGAAGGUGGGGAUGGCGGCUGCCGGCUGAGCUGGUGAGGCUGACUGCUUUCUGUCCAGCUGCACUGUCCUCCCGCUUCUAAGGAAAUGAGUUGAUGCUGUCAUAGUCCUCGCCACUUCUGGGUGCUCUUUUCCCCAGCCCUUCCCUCUGUAGGUGUGCUGUCGCAAGAGUGCCUGGAUUCUGCCUGCUUGCAGUCUCCCUGGGGCUAGAAGGCUCAGCGGAUGUUCCCAGGGCACAGGUGGCCUCUUCGUGUGCCUAGGCUCAUGUGGGGCAAGCUGGUGUGUGUGGGUCUGUGUCUUCAGGGGAAUCCAAGUGUGCUUAAGGCGGGAGUGGGAGGGAUUUAGCCAGGUGUACCAGAGUUUGCCUGGAGAAGCUCUCCAACUGGCUCUGGAGGGAAAAUGUCAACCGUUCUCCCACCCCGGUGCUCUUUCUUCAGCUGCCUGGGGCCAUAGCGUGGUUGUUGGGCCUCUGGUUUUCUGCCCAGCUUGGUGCUGUGCCCAAAGAGGUCACAGGAUGAAAGUCCCUAAGCCACUUUCUCUCUGGGUCAUGGAAUGAGACUUUGGCCUCCACAGUCAUUUACAGACUCAUUGUUAAGACCAUUUUCAUGGAAGACAAUUUUAGUCGGCUACAAGUGAUCGCCAAAGAAGAUGAGGCUUUUGUGGUGUGUCAUGAGUUUGGGUUUGCAUACUUCUAAGGGUUAACACACUUCCCUUCCUGCUGUAAGAGACACUCUUCUGCUGCCUUGUUGCCUGGGGAUGGAAACUCCUCUGGUUUUCCAUUCAGACAGACUCUUCCAUCUCCUCCUGCCUGGCCUGGCAUGCAGCUGCCACUCCCUCUCCUCUUUAUGGCAUUUCAAAACUUCCUGGCAUUGAACCACAGGAGCUGCUUCUGUUCCCCUAUCCCUCUGGGCCCCUCAGUUAAAGGAAUAAGCUUGUUCCCAUAGAGCGGGGCGUGGGGGACAACAUCUGUGUCCCUCCUCUUAGCCAUAUGGGAGUUGUUUAGCAGUGUCUUGAGGGCCCCUCGUUUUGCAGCAUUGUCUCAAUGAACAAGUUUUAUUGUCAGGAUUUUAGAUGUGGCAGAGCAGCCCUGGCCACAGACCGACCUAGAAGGGCCAGGUCAUAAAGGACCCAGGAGCACAGCUGAUGGCACAGGGUGUAUGUGUUAGGAACUGGUUGCCAUCUGCGGGGAGGGGCAAAGCCUGCUGGAGACCGUGAUCUCAGGGGACUGGAUUCUGCUUCAGGGGCAGACCAGCUGCUGUGCCUGCAGAAUCUCCUGGGUUCAGUUCCCAGCAGCAUCUCCAAGGAGCAGGAGCAGGUGGCCAGUGCUGUUGGGAAAGACCAUCCUCUGUGCCUGAGACCCUGCCCAUUGCAGGAAGCCAUAUUGAGGUAGGCGGACCAAAGGCUUGACUCUGGUGGUGGCAGCAGCAGCAGCAGCUUCAUAACUGGUAGUACGGAAGCUCACCUCUGAUCCGUCCCACCUUGGGUCACUUCUGGUCCUGUGUUGUUGGCAUGAGGGUUUGGGUGACAUAGAAGAGAGGAGACUCUGGCCUUGCAGAGAGCAAAUGAUCCUUCAGGUUCUGUUCCAAAGUCUAAGUUCCUUAUUGCUAAGCCAACAAUGGAGUGCUUUGUAGUCUCUGCUGCAUGGUUAGCUUCACAGUGGUCCUGAGUCCCAGGUUCUUCUUGUUCUUCCACGCACCUACCCUCUAUCAAGUGUGCCUUUUUGAUAUUCCCCCGCUUUCUGUAUCCCUGGGAGGUGAGUGGAGCAAUUUGCGUCCUGCCUGCCUUGGUGCAGAAGGUUGACAGAGCAGCAUAGGGAGGUGGAACUGGGGUGGCAGCCCAGGGCCAGAUAGAGCUUUGAGUUUCCCCAAGUGUUGCAGGAGGGAUUCUGAGGAGGUAAUUUGUGGGCGUUGUUGGUCCCUGCCCAUCUCUGCAGACUUGUUGACCCCUGUUUAUCUUGUGUUUCCAUAAGCCCCACCUCUGCCUUCUCAGUAGCUUUCCAAAGAAGUGUGGGAAAUGCGGAACUGCAAAUUUCCACAUUCUGCAAGUAUCUGCUUCAGAUCUUUUAUACCCCUUCAAUUAAAAAUAAUAAUCCCAGGACAGUUCACAGUUGCCUAUAACCAUAUGCAAAUACAGUUUGCCAAAGUCUAAUUGCACAUUCUUCGCCCCCUCAUAGAAUUCCAGAGCCUCUGAUGAGAGGAGGGUUAAGCUGCCUCAGCAAUGGGUGUGGGGGGGCUGAUCCCUUCUUGGCUGCUCAAGAACCCGAGUCAGAGCCUCCCGGCCUUGAAACCUUCCCUAAAACGUCUUUUGAGCCAAGCGUGGCUUCCUUGGGUCACUCCCAGGUAGUUCAGCUGCAGCCCAGCCUCUCUCUUUGCUCAAGGCCUGUGAAGUAGGUAGGGGAGCUCUUUUUGUCAGUUUGCCCCCAGGGCCAGCCUGGCCCAGGAGCCUCCCGCUGGAGUUUUCAGCCCUGCUAGGCCACCCAAGUGGAUGAGUGCCUGUCUGGCCAAAAGAGCCCUGGACGUUCCCCGCCCCUCCUGAACAGGCAGCCUCUUCAGCUCUUGGGAGCAGGGCCCUUUUCCUGGGGAGGGCUAAGGGAGGGGACGAGGAGGAGGCACCUGAUGGUCAUUGGGGGGCAAGGAGCUCUGGGAAGGGAUCUCAGCAUGCUGGGUGCCGGAACAGCUUAUUUGCCACAUUUCUCUGCAUCCUGGGGUGUGGGACAGACCUUUGGGGUGGUGGCACAUCAAGCCUGUGCUGAGGUGCCCAUGAGCAGGUCUGUGUGUGGCUCCUCCUCCUCAUCCUGGCCUUUUGCUAGUCUCUGUCCAGGAUCUGAAUCUCUCCUUUUCUCUCCCCAGGUGCGGCACAGGUGACACCCUCGAGGUUUGCCUCCUGCUCUCCCUCUCCUGACCGCUAGCCCCGAUGCUGCCUCGGACUGACUGGGGCCUUGCUGGGCGGCAGAGUGAGGGCCUGCUUUGAGGUGCUCCCUGGGCUCCCCCCUUUCCCGGCUUUCAUGGAUCUGAGGCCACCCUGGCUGCUGUUGUUGUGGACUCUGAUUGGGGCCCUAGCUCUCCUGGCCAGAGAAGUGCUUGGCCAGCACGUCUACACCAACACCUGGGCCGUCCUAGUCCCUGCUGGGCCACAGGAAGCGGAGCGGCUGGCCAAGAAGCAUGGAUUCCUCAACUUGGGCCCGGUGAGUGAAGCCUGCAGCCUCCCUGGAGCUAGUGCAACCCCAAACCUGAAGGGAAGCUGAAAUGGGCUAAGGGAGGGAGGGAGCAGCCCUUGAUGCGGGGCUUGGAAGGGGUAAAGAAGAAGGCCAGGUGUGGUGCUGCUGCCUUUAGAAGAGAGAUAUUUAGUCCAUGAAACAAAUGCUGAAGCCAAGAACCUUGCUGGGUUUGAGGCAGACCUGCUGCUCUCCUCGUUGCUGGGGUCUGAGGGAGGGGCUCUUUUCCAUGCAUGGAGGCACUGAGAGGUGCUAACAAUAGAGGCAGGGUGCUUGGCUGUGGUGGGCGAGCUGGAAACUCCACCUGGGAAAGUCUGUUGGGUGUUCAGAGCUAGCUGAGAUUGGGAUGAGGAACCAGUAUUUGCCCAGGUGGGAUUGGCCAGCGACUAUGGUGUGAUAUGGCUGGUUUUCCUUCUCCUACAACCUAUAGUUCAAUUUGCUUUCAGGAGUUGCACUGAGUUCUUUGUAGGCCUUUGGCAGAAUAUUUUCAUGUGCUCUGCAGUGGGGCUGGCUGUGGUGGGUGGGAGGUGUUGCUUGAUGUGCUGAAGGUGGAAUGUGGCUCCAGUGGCAGCAGGCUGCUCUACCUUUUUCCUUGUCCUUUCUGGUUGAAUGUGCUUCAGUUAAACUCCCUACAGGUGGAAAGGUGAUGCUUACGCACCUUACAAAAGGGCAUUUGUUGCUGCCUCUUGGAAAGUGACUUUUGGGGGUGGCUGGUUGGCUCUCUUUGCCCCAGGAGCCUCGUAUCUUGGAGAUGGUGGUGGGCCCAGCUGCCCUAUGUUGACGCACGACUAAUGCAAGCUUUGCUUGGCAGCAGGCAUGGAGUUGCCAGUUGCAUCAUCUUCUGGGCAGAUUUGGAAAGGUCAAAAGCACAGCCUGCCCCCUGAGGCUGUUUGCACUUCACCUGCAUGUGGGAUCGGACACUGUGUGCCCUGGGGCUGUUUGCCUACCUUGAGGCCACCCCUUGUUCUCAUCCGGUGGGAUUUCAUACCACGCUCUUUGCUGCCCUGCAACUCUUGAAUCAUUUCACCCUUGACUGGAGUGGGAAGACGUGGCAUUGACCACUAUUGACAAAGCAUAUGGGAUUGAACGGUGCUGAUGAGCUUCGCUGAAGCCCACCUAGGGCAGGACUGACUGCAGGGUGGGGCCGGCACUCGGGAUGGAUUGGAUCUCUUGCUCCAGGGGGAGAUGAGGGAGUCCAGCUCUUUUGGGGCUGGCUCUGUUGAAAGCACCUGACAUGUUGACAGGGAGGUGCAGCACCCCAUUCCCACCUCCUCCCCUGGUCAUGUGGCUGCCUUAGAGGGAGGCUCAGAGGCUUCCUCACUUGCCGAGCUCACCAGCUGCUUUAGAGCUCACCCAGACUUCCUUCUGCACCACACUUUCCGGCCACAGGCCUGCACUUUCUAGGUCCGUGUCCAAGUGAUUUUAUAUGUAUGUGUUGCCGCUACCCUUGGAAAAACCGCUGAAUUGGAGCAAAAGGGAAUCCGUGGAAAAACUGAUUACCAUUUGUUCCAAUUCAACAGUAAACAGUGGGUUUUCCCAGGGGAAGCGGCGAAACACACUCAAAAAACCACAUGGACCUAGAAAGUGUGGACCUGUGCCUAGAAAACAUGGCACAGUCUUGAUAAGCCCUGACUCCAGAGUGAAGCUUGGUUGGGGGGCAGGACGGGGGCUUGGCCUGCUAGAGCAUCUUCGGGGGACAAAGCAAGCUUUUCCUUUGGAGCUGAGAAUGUAAGAAGAACCUGUUGGAUCAAGCCAAAUGGGGCCUAUCUAUUCAGUUUUCUCUUCUCGCAGUGAACAGUGAACGUCCUGCAAUCAGGUGCCCCUUCUGGGAAACUUGCAAGCAGGACCUGAGCACAAGGGCAACUCUCUCCUCCUGUGGUUUCCAACUGUGGAGGCAGAGCAUAGCCACUCUGCUAGUAGUCAUUGAUUGCCCUCUCCUCCCUGAAUUUGUCCAAUCGUCUUUUAAAGCCAUCCAAGUUGAUGGCCAUCACUACCUCUUGUGGGCAUGAGUUCCAUUUCGUGAAGAAUGACUUUAUCAGUCUUGAACCUUCCAAUAGUCAGCUUUAUUGGAUGUCCAUGCAUGAGUUCUAGUGUUGAGAAGGGAGCAAAACUUGCUCUACCCACUUUUUCCCACGCUGUGCAUAAUUUUUAUAAACUUCUAUCACACUUUGGUCUUCUUCUUCGCAUGAGGAUCAAUCCAGGCUGCUUGCCAUUUGCCAGCUCCUGGUUGCAAUUGCCCCUUCACCGCUUCCUCCCUCGCCAACUCAAGGCCUCCACCGCCCAGGCGAUGAGAGCCAGGCGUUCUGGCCUUGCACAUGAGGUAACAACCUUUCCCUGCUGUGAUUUCUGGGGGUUGAACUAUCCCUUGGAGCUGGAUGUGGGUGGUGGCGGACGACAUGGCAACAGAGUCUUCCGUUCCGGGUGCUGAGCUUCUGCAGAGCAUCCUACCCUUCCAGUCCUGGUCAGAUCCUGUGAGCCCAGUGAGGGGAGGUACUGUGCAGCAGGCUGGUGCUCAGGCUCAGUUGGGCUGGGGUGGAGGGGUAGAAUACUCUGCAGAAGACCCAAGACCUCUGGGGCAGGGGGCACGUGGAGGAGGUAGUUAUUCAGAAGUGGGCUCUCUCUGCCACUGGGCCUUUGAUUCCGGAGGCAGGAAAGAAGCUGUUCAGUGAAAUUCCUUUUGUUCAUCAGUGAGGAAUGUUUUGCCCCUGGAACAACUGGAAUGGACCAGGGCUCAGUCCGGCACAGCCUAAGGCCCAGGAGUGGAGCUAAGGAGUGGGGUGUCAGUCCUCUGUGGGUCAUGCUUCUUCCUUCCUGCCCUGGCCUGUGCCGCUGUACCCCCUAAGUGCCCGUUGUGGCUCCUGGCUCCUUCCUAGGGCAGGCUGAGCAGGUUUGUGGUGCUGGCACCUGCGGGCAGCAGCCAAGGCAAGAGGCCCUGCAAAGGGGAAUCCUGUUUGUUUUGGGGAAAAUAGGGCAGGGAGCCAGGGCCUGGUGCACAGCCAGGCGUGGGGCAGGCAACAACUAGCUCGGGGUUCUGAGGCACUCCCAGGAAGAAGGCAAAGGGAUCUGGGAAGAGGGGACUCCCUUCCUUGAAGACCUGGGGCAGGCCCCACUGCCCAGUUGAGGGCUUGUGCCACAUUCAGCUAGGGGCUGGGGGACCAGAAGAACCUCUCCUUGCUAAGGCUGGAGCCCACCAGGGUGGGGCACCUCUCCCUCCUCUCUGCCUGGCAGUGACGCUCUGUCUGCGAAUUGCCCCCAGCGCUGGCACAGUGCCAAUUCUCGGGGCAGGAGCUGGUGUCCCCUUACACUUAAGCCCUUGUUUCUAUGGCAAAAUGCCCUGCAAUUCUCUUCAGCUGUCUUCUGGGGAGGGGGGAAUUGCGCGACCCCUUUUUUUGCAAUUGAGCGUUGGGAGUGGAGGCUUCAGCCCCUGGAAUGUGCAGGCUGAAAGUGUCCUGGGAGGAGCCUCUGGUGAGCCACUGUUGGGGCCAGGGGCUGCUGUUGGGCUGUGGACGCUGAUAAAUACUCCUGUACCCGUCUUUCUCCAAGCAGAGACAAUUCCACGGUGGUUGCGGAGUUCCCUUUUUUCAUCCUCACAGCAACCUUGUAAUGUUGGCUAGGCUAAAAGGGACUUCCCCUGUGAGCCUUGCAGCCAAGAAGAGAAUAGGGCAAGAGGGGUCAACCACAACUGCUGCUUUCUUCCUCCCCUUGAGCUUCCUCUUCGCAGAGGGCAACCCUUUUGACCUGCUGGCAUACCCUAUCCUCCUGCCUUUGCCUGCAGUGGUGGUCUGUGCCCUGCUAAGAGUGUGGGUGUGAGAAAUGAGAGGGAACCUUCAGAAAUUGUCGCCUGGGAGGCUGCACACUGGACGCUGGAAGGGAGUAGGAGCCUGUCGCUGGCAAGGCUUAGGUGGGAGUCCCUCAAGUGUCCGCUUGGCAUAGCUCUCCCCCUCCCCCUCCUGUGCCAUCUCUAGGGAGGCCAGCAAGCUGCCCUUUUCCUUCCUCCUCCUUUCUGCCACUUGGGCCCAGUGCCAUGAGGUCACUUGAGGAGCUGCUGCUCUCGCCCUGCCCUUCUUUUGAGGGGUUUGUUUAAAGAUUAGAGAUUUACAUCAGAAUCUUCUUAGCAUCUUAGCCAGGCCCUGCAGGCAGCAUGUGGGGAAGGAGCAGGAGCCAGCUGGUGGCCUUCAUGGGGAUGGGCGGGGGGGGGGGAGGAGCUCCUGGAUUUGGCCUCUCCUCCGUCCCCUCCAUGUAACUGGGUGCCAGCAUGUGGGGCUAUAGUGACCCAUGGAGAGCCUUCCCCUCUGCCUUGUGCUAUCUCGGGCUGCCCUGCUUGGACCGACACAUGGGAGAUUUUUUGUCUCAUUCAUUCCUCCUUUCUCCCCCACCCUAGAUCGUUGGAGACUAUUACCACUUCCAUCACCGAGGGUUGGCCAAGCGUUCCCUCUCCCCACACCGGUCCCACCACAGCUAUCUGGGCAGAGAGCCACAGGUGAGUCCACAGAAGCAGGGAACCUGUUCCAAGUGAGAGGCAGUCACCAUGGGGGUGCUACAGAGCACAGAAGCCCUGGUUCUAGUCAAUGCAGGCCUGAUAAACUGGAGGGCUUUGGUGCCCGCUUCUCCUGGAGACAGCUGGGGUUGGCUCCUGCUUGAGGCUUUUGGCUGAGCUCCCACGGUGGAGAGAGCAGAGGGGCUUUCUGCCUCCAGCAUGCCUCGACUGGGCACUUUUGUGCUCUGCACAUGGCCUGGGGCCGGUUCUGGGAUAGGCUGUGGGGGGUGUCUAAUCAGGCUGGUUUUAAACCAGAUGGGCCUGAUAUCCUGGUUCCAUUUUGGGCUGCAGAAGAAAUCCCAGAGGAUUAACAGCCUGUCUGGGCCACCUCCUCCCCUGCAAUUCUGGCUCUUCAUUACCCUUCCCUUCCUCCAGGGUGUCUCCUGCCACAUCACCCUCACAACAAUCCUGGGAGGCAGGCUGGGCAAUACAGCAACUGGCCCAAGGCCAGCCAGUGAUCCUCAUGCCUGGGGAUGUGAACUGAAUCCUAGCCUGACACUGCAAUAACUGCAAUGGCACUACAUUGCUGCCAGUCAGUGCAGACGACACUGAGCUAGGUGGGCCACUGGCCUGACCUGGUGCAAGAAAGAGAUGAGAGGGUGGAGCCCACCCUGCCAGGCAUUUUGGUGGCUGCCUGAGUCCUUCUGGUCUCCCUAUGGGUGGCAAUAGGGGAAGGGAUGGGUCCCCUCCACAUUUGGCCAAGGGUGUCCCUGGCCUGACUGACCCUGGUCCUCCUGGGCGUUGUGGGGUUCGAGAGUCCACUUUGUGCGUGGCUGAACUGAGCUUCACCCCUGCGGGUGCCAAGAUCUUUCCGCAAAGCACCCUGUUGUUCUUGCCAGCAGCUGUGCCCCCGCCAGCCACCUCCAUGGGGACCUGGUUGCUCCUUGCACCCAAGGGUGCACUUGGGAGGCUGCCCUUCAGUGCCUUUUCUGCCUUUUGCCUCCUCAGGUGCACUGGCUGGAGCAGCAGGUGUCCAAGCGCCGGACAAAGCGGGACACCUUCCUGGAGCCCUCAGACCCCAAGUUCCCUCAGCAGUGGUACCUGGUAAGUGGGAAGGGGGUGUGUGUGUGAUGAUGAAGGGAAGCAGAAGCCACCAGGCAACAGGCACUGGAUUCUGCCCUCCCCAGGGCUGCUGCCAGCCAUGCCCUUCCACCCACAUGGUGGUUGGGCAAGGGCGCCCUGAUGUGACUGCUAAUCCCCUCCCACAGAGUUAAUCACUCCCUCCCUGCCUGGAGGAUUAGUGGCAGCCUGGGAACAAAGCCCCCUCCAUGACUGAGCUCACAGGAGCUGCCACCGCCCCGGAACAGAAUCCACCCCGGCCCUUGGACUGCCAGGAGGUCCCAGAGGCCACUAAGGGGCACCAUCCGGAUCCUGUCCUAAAGAAUGGGGCAACAUCAUUGCUGUUGUUGUUGCUAAUUUAUUUAUUACCUGCCCUUCACCCUAAGGUCCCAGGGCAGGUCAUAGCAUUAAAAACAAUACAGGCAACUCUCAGUUUACAUGUGUUCAGCAGGACUGCAUACACAUGCAUUGCACCAAACCCGGGAGUGACUUUUAAAACAGCAAAAAUGGGCCCUGAGAGAGCCCAGAAACAGUGCCCAGGAAUCCCACAAGCCUUUGCACUGACCUUUCAGGCCUGUGGAGGGUUUGAAUUUGAGAAAGGAGGUUUGGAGGGAGUGAUUGUGGUGGAUUUUGGUGGUCUGGUAAGUGGUGCUGGUUUUUCAAAGGUUUCCAUAGGUUUAGAGCAGUGUUUCCCAAACUUGGGUCUCCAGCUGUUUUUUUCAGACUUUUUCAGAUUCAGAUUUAGAUUUAUUACGGCCAUUGGCCCAUAUCAAAAACAAUACAUCAGAAUUUAUCCAUAAACAAUACAACCACUGGCCUUGCUAGCUAGGGAUGAUGGGAGUUGUAGUCCAAAAACAGAUGGAGACCCAAGUGUGGGAAACACUGGUUUAGAGGGGGUUUGCAGGCAUUUCCAAUGGUGUUUCAAGUAUAUGUGAUUUCACUGAUGCGGGCAGUGCCUCGGAACAUAAUCCCCGCGUAAAUUGGGAGUUGCCUGCAUUACAAAUAAUUUAAAACAACUUCCCACCAGAAGAGUUAGAAGCCAGAGGAAAGAGGUGUGUCUUCAGCAUUCUCCAGAAGCUGUGCAGUGAAAGUGCCAGGUGCACCUCUUUGUGGAGGGAGUUCCACAGCUUUUAGGAGGGAGUUCCACCGAGAAGGCUCUCUCCCAGCACUCCCAGAACUCUCCCAAAGUUCUCUUUGUGCCAGUGGUUCUCCCCCAAAGCUGGGGGUCUUGCACGGUCCAUUUCCAACUGGGGACUUGUCAGGCAUUGAAGGAGGUGUUGCUGCAGAGCAGAUUCUCCCCCAUCCCACCUCUCCACUGUAGAGUCCUCUUUGCUUAGCAUAGAAUAGUGGGGCCAAGAGGCUGGAGCUGGCAUUCUCCUGCCCCAAUGAAUAUGUGGGGCUUGAUCCUGCCACUUUCCAGGAAAACGGGAGGGGGUAGUGAAGGGAGCAGCAGCCAGCAUUCCCCAAUGCUCAGCUACAGAUUCUUCCUUAAAGACGUAGCUGUAAUUCCUGCAUGGCAGGGGGUUGGACUAGAUGACCCUUGGAGUCCUUUCCAACUCUGCAGUUCUAUGAUUCUGUGAGCCAGGCAUCUGGGGUCUAGUUAGAGAUGGUUUCCUCCACCCCACCCCCUGUGUGACGAAACAUGACUCUAUAGCCUUUAGAGUUGCCCUACUGGCUGUGCUGACUGGCCUUCUGCUCCCCCCACCUUUGCCCCCCAGUCCAAUGGGAACCAGCGAGACCUGAAUGUGCGGGAGGCCUGGCAGCAGGGCUACACGGGGCGUGGCAUCGUGAUCUCCAUCUUGGACGACGGCAUUGAGAAGAACCACCCGGAUCUGGAGGCCAACUACGUGAGUGGGAUGUGAGCGGGCUCCAUUGGCACAUGCCGUGCCUACUUUGCAGGGCUGGUAGAAGGGGCCGCGAGUCUUCCUGAGACAACCCCCUCCCACCCAAGCUGAGGCCACUUUUGCACGCAAGCUGAGGGAAGCUUUGUAGCAGUAACAAAAUCCCAGAGUCCUCCUGAGCCCCAUCAAGCCCUGCCUGUGAUGGAAUGAGCCCAAGCAAAUUCAGCCUCUGGUUGUGGCCACUCACAGCACCGCUUUGCAUCACACGUGGACCAGUGGUCCUUUCUGGACUCUUGGGGUCACAUCUGGAGCUUUUGGAACUGGGAGUUUACUGCUGAUGCAGAAAACGUGAUUGUGGGGAAAGAGGUGAUGCUGGGCUCUUUCAUUGCAAUUCCUGCAUCGCAGGUGGUUGGACUAGAGGGAUCCCCCUGGAUCCCUCCCAACUCUACAAUACUGUAAUUCUUUCUUCCUUCAGGAUCCUGCCGCCAGCUUUGAUGUGAAUGAUCAGGAUUCAGACCCUCAGCCGCGUUACACCCAAAUGAAUGACAACAGGUGGGGAGCCUUUCCGGAGGGCGGUUGGGUAGGGAUGGGAGAUAUUGGGCAGGGAAAGAGGAACACCAGUUCUGCUCAGUCCUGGAAGCUCGGUCGCUGGGGACACGUGGGCUGGGAAUGGCACUGUGUAGAAGGAAAAGUGGAUGGAGCUUCCUACCCCCUGGGAAUGCUGCUCUUCCCCCCUCUGUCCCCCUCCCUGCCUUUGCCCAUUCGAACGCUGACUGUUGCUCAGCUGCACUGAGAGGGAGAGAAGUUUGGGGCAGGUUUGCUUCUCCCCUGCUCCCUGUUUUCUCCCCACUCUAAUGUAUGGCCGCCAGUCCCUCCCCACCCAGCUCAAGUCAGAUCUCCCUCUCUCCUUCUUACAGGCAUGGUACUCGGUGUGCAGGCGAAGUAGCUGCCGUGGCAAACAAUGGCAUCUGUGGUGUAGGUGUUGCUUACAACGCCAAGAUUGGAGGUGAGGAGGGCAUCGUCUCUACCUUGGGCUCUGCUCCUCACCCAGCUUCUCACACUGGGUUAGCUGCCCAGAGGGAGCCUAAAAUCAUAAAUUGUAGAGUUGGAAGGGACCCCGAGAGUCAUCUAAUCCAACCCUCCUGCAAAGCAAUAAUAAUAAUAAUAAUAAUAAUAAUAAUAAUUUAUUAUUUAUACCCCACCCAUCUGGCUGAGUUUUCCCAGCCACUCUGGGUGGCUCCCAAUCGAGUGUUAAAAACAAUACAGCAUUACAUAUUAAAAACUUCCCUAAACAGAACCCAUGCCUUCAGAUGUCUUUUAAAGGAACAGGAGGUUGUUCCCCUGUCAAACAGCUCUUAUAGUCUCCUUUCUUGUCAUUUGGAUCCGUUAGUUUGGGUCCUACACUCUGGAGCAUCACAAAAUAAGCUUGCUCCAUCCUCCAUGUGGCAGCCCUUCAGAUAUUUGAAGGUGGCUCUCAUAUCACCCCUUCUCCAGGUGAAAUAUACCUAACUCCUUCCACCGUUCCCCAUAAGGCUUGGCUUCCAGACCCUUGAUCAUCUCGGUCACCCUCUUAAGCACCUCUUCCAACUUGUCAAUACCCUCCUUAAACUGUGGUGCCCAGAACUGGGCACAGGACCCCAAGUGGGGCCUUGCCAAGGCAGACCAGAGCAGUGCCAUUAGUGAUGUCCAUCUGUACCAUCAUCUUAGGUGUCCGCAUGCUGGAUGGAGAGGUGACGGAUGCUGUGGAGGCCCGUUCCCUGGGCCUCAACCCCAACCACAUCCACAUCUACAGCGCCAGCUGGGGCCCCGAGGACGACGGAAAGACGGUGGAUGGCCCAGCCCGCUUGGCUGAAGAGGCCUUCUACCGGGGCGUCAGCCAGGUGAGCCUGUGGUCUGCAGCCAGGGGAGGAGGAAGGGUGGCCCUUGGGGUGAAAUUGGGCUGCUGCCAAGCCUCCCACCUCCACCCCUAGUCUUGCCUCUGCCUGACUUGGUCCCCACCCCACCCCAGGGCCGCAACGGGCUGGGCUCCAUCUUCGUCUGGGCUUCUGGGAAUGGUGGGCGCGAGCACGACAGCUGCAACUGCGACGGCUACACCAACAGCAUCUACACCCUCUCGAUCAGCAGCACCACCCAGUACGGGAACGUGCCCUGGUACAGCGAGGCUUGCUCCUCCACCCUUGCCACCACCUACAGCAGCGGCAGCCAGAACGAGAAGCAGAUUGUGAGUCUCCAUCGAGCGUGAUGGGGGUGGGGGGGCGGGCUUUGGGUCACAACCUGGCAAUCACCCUGUGCCUCCUCCUCCUUCUCCCCAGGUGACUACAGACCUGAGGCAGAAAUGCACCGAGUCCCACACGGGCACCUCCGCCUCUGCCCCGUUGGCGGCUGGGAUCAUUGCCCUGGCACUGGAAGCAAAGUAAGGGGGCUGGGAGGGAGGGGAGAAGGGCUUGUGGGGGUGCUGCUUUGGUCCCUGAUGGAGAUGAGGGGUUUGGCACCCUUGCCCUCUCCGGUGAGACACGGCUGCUCCUUCUCCGCAGCAAGAACCUGACCUGGCGCGAUAUGCAGCACCUGGUUGUGCAGACCUCCAAGCCCGCCCACCUCAACACCAACGACUGGGCCACCAACGGGGUGGGACGCAAAGGUAAGCAGGCGCCUGCCAAGGACAUGCCACUCUGGGGUGGUGGCAGGCUGCAGGGGCAGGUCCUGAGCCUCUCACACACCCUUCUUUCUCCCUCUGCUUGCAGUCAGCCACUCGUACGGCUAUGGACUCCUGGACGCCGGCGCCAUGGUGACUCUUGCCAGGAACUGGACCUCGGUGGGGCCUCAGCGGAAGUGUGUCCUGGACAUCCUCACCGAGCCAAAGUGCGUCCCCACAGUGGAGCAGGGAGUGGGUGGGUUUGGGGUCAGACCCUCCUGAGGGCCAGCCUCUGUGUGGAAGGAGGGGGCACCAGUUACUGAGGGUGAAACAAGCUUGGGGCAUCGGGCUCCUUGAGGACUAGACUAUUGCGUCGUCUGUGUUUGAACAUCGCACAGACAAUGUGUAGAAAUCCUAAGGAACAUCUGAUCUGAAACGGGCAGUGGCCUAGAAAUCGGGGAAGGAGAGGUGGCUGCAGCUUCCCUUGGCGUGGACUGGAACUGGCUGGAAGCGGCUGGAGAGAGAGAGGGAGGGAGUGUCCGUCCGUCCACAUGAACCAGACAGAGGAGGCUUUUCAAGGACAGGACAGAGCUGCCUUUCUCCAGGGUGUUGCUGCAGCGGGGGCUGCUCCCAUCUCUUGCCCUGCCCUCCAAACACUGCUGAGUGCCAAGGACCGGGCUGGAGUUUGCUUUUCAGGCUAAUUCUGGAUAUUUUGCUGCUGGUGGACAACACCUUGUGGUCCUGUGGUGCUGGACCUCAGGGGAUCAGAGGGUGCGGGGGGUGGAGCAGGGAUGAGGCUGGGUUGGUGGUCCUUGCUAGAGCAGACCAGCCCCAGCAUUCCUGCCCACUGCAAUCCUUUUUUUAUCCAGAGUUCUGCCUUGCACAACCUGCCCUCUGAGGCUGCUGCUGGCUGGCAAAGCCUCAUCCAGCCAGGCUAGGGAUCUCAGCUCCUGCUGGAAGGGGAGUGGCGGGGCUCUUGCUCCUUUCACAUCCUGUUCCGGCCUUAACCAUGGGUGCCUGUUGCCUCCUGCAGGGACAUUGGGAAGCGCCUGGAGGUGCGGCAGAAAGUGGAUGCCUGCCUGGGGAAGGCCAGCUACGUGGGGCAGCUGGAGCAUGUCCAGGCCCGGCUCACCCUCUCCUACAACCGCCGGGGUGACCUAGCCAUCCACCUUGUCAGUCCCAUGGGAACCCGCUCCACCUUGCUGGCUGCCCGGUAAGCCCCCUGCCUUCCUUGGACCCACUCCCUUCUGGGAAGCUGCCUCUGGGCUCUGCCCUCCAAUGCCUCUCACUUUUGUCCUCUCCCCAGGCCCCACGACUACUCGGCUGAUGGCUUCAAUGACUGGGCCUUCAUGACGACGCAUUCGUGGGACGAGGACCCCACUGGCGAGUGGGUGCUGGAGAUUGAGAACACCAGUGAAGCCAACAAUUUUGGUAACGGGGGAGGGGCACCUACUUCUCUACGCCCAGACCCACUUGUUGUGGCAAGAAAAAUAUUCCAACCAUCCAGCGCCCCCCGCCCCUUGUCUCAAAUCCCUCCAGUCCCCGUGACAGCCACCUGUCAUUUCUCCACCCCCUCAGCUUCCUCUGCUCCUUGUCACAUCAGCUGCAAUUUGGUCUCCCUCCCGGGAGCGCUGCCUGAUCUCCCCCCCCCCCCCCGCUUACUGGGCCCAGCUGUGGGCAUUCCCUUCCUCCCCGCCCCCCCAACCCCAACAGCUGUUUAAUUCCCUCUUGCUCUGUUUUAAUUCCCUGUGACGGAAACCCCAGAAAAGUGGGGGGGGGGGGGGCUUCCCCAGCUGCCAUCCCUGCCUGUUUAAGAGGCUGCUGGCUGGACAGAAGGAGGGAGGGAUGGGGAUGCUGUGCUGAGCUUCUGAAUGUGGCCCCCUUCCCCACCUGUGGCCUCAACAGCAACGGUUCACAAACUUGGUUCCAUAAGCUGAUUCCCAGUGUCCCCCCCACUUAUCCUAUAAAAAGCAUUACUCAAAUAGCAGUUUGCACCACCCCCUUAAUGGUAGAUCAUAACACAAUAACAUUCAAAACAAUUAAUUGCACCUUUAUUCAAAAUCCGAUUAAAACUAUUCAAUGUAAUUCCACAAAACAGAUGACCUUGAUCCAGCAAUACCAGCUUUUCAGAGUCUGAAAGUCACCCCCUUGCCUCUUAGCGUCCCCCUCCCCCUGUAAUCCCACCACCCAGUUUGGGAACCAGUGCUCCUCAGUGUUAGGCCCUUCUUGGGGGCUGUUGCGCAGCAGAGGGUGCCAGGCACAACUCCUUGAGUGACAGGGAAGGGCUCUGGUGUGGGAGGAGGGCAGGUUGGGUGGCUCUGCCUCCUCCUCACACCUUCCUGCCCUUCCACCUGCAGGCACCCUCACCAAGUUCACUCUAGUUCUGUACGGGACGGCCACCGACCCCCCUAGCCUCUCCAACCAGUUUGAGAGCAGCGGCUGCAAGACCCUGACCAGCAGCCAGGCCUGCGUGGGUAAGUUUUGUUGUAGUUAUUUGUUUCAUUGCAUCCAUAUCCUACCAGGUUCUCCAAGGAGCUCAAGGUGCCACAGUCUUUCCCUUCCAACAACAACCCUAUGAGGUCGAGAGGCAGCGAAGGGCCCAAGGUCACCCAGGGAACUUCACAGCUGAGCAGGGAUUUGAGCCCCGGUCUCCUAGGGCAUAGUCCAACCGCUACACCUCCACUGGCUCCCAAACCUGCUUCACUCGAAAAGCCUAUGCUGGAGCCCUGCUCUGAACAACAACAAUUAUUUUAUUAUUAUUUAUACCCCGCCCAUUUGGCUAGGUUUCCCCAGCCACUCUGCAUAGCUUACAGCAUAUCUAAAAACAUAAAACAUCAAGCGUUAAAAACCUUCCGAUACAGGGCUGCCUUCAGGUGUUUUCUGAAAGUUGUGUAAUUAUUUAUCUCUUUGUCAUCUGAAGAAAGGCAUUCCACAGGGAGGGUGCCACUAUCAAGAAGGCCCUCUGCAGUUGCCACCAAGGUUCCUCCCACUAGGCACUGCUCUGAGUGAUUGGGGUACAGAGGGCAGCUUUCAUAAGCUGUCCAAUGUGUUUGGUGCAAAUGGGAACCAUGCCAUCUUCUGCCCAUGUUCCUGGGCAAAGGGGGCCCCCACAGAGGGGGCUGUGUGGACAAGAGACCCCACACCCUCUCUCCACCACAGGUAAGGGGCAGACCUUGCUCCUUGGCGCUGCCUGAAUGCUUUUUCUUCCAGAGCCUGGAGGCCUGAGCCCUUCUCUUGCCCCUUCUCUCCUUGCAGUGUGCGAAGAGGGCUUCUACCUCCACCAGAAGAGCUGCCUCAAAACGUGCCCCCCUGCCUUUGCGCCGGGCACUGUGGCCCCCCCUCUGGAGAACAUCCUGGAGCCCCAGCUGAGCUCUCGCCUCUGCGUGCCCUGCCACCCGUCCUGCGCCACCUGCCUGGGCCCGGAAGCCACCCAGUGUCUGUCCUGCCCGGCCCACGCCCACUACAACAGCCAGGAGCAGACGUGCUCCCACCAGACCCAGAGCAGCCGGGCCUCACCCACCCUCCUCAGGGAGGGCGUGCAGGUUGCCGGCGGCCCCUCCCGCUUGCCCGUGGUGGUGGCCAUCCUGAGCUGUGCCUUCAUCGUCCUGGUCUUCGUCCUGGUCUUCCUGGUGCUGCAGCUGCGCUCCGGGCUGUGCCUGCGCGGGGUCAAGGUGUAUUCGCUGGAGAGCGGAGGCAUCAUCGCCUACAAGGGGCUGCCUUCGGACGCCUGGCAGGAGGGGCCUGAGGAAGAGGAGGAGGGCGAGAGGACUGCCUUCAUCAGAGACCAAAGCACCCUUUGAUGAGCCUGCAGCCCCCCGGCACAUCAGGGGCAGGACCAAGGGGCCAGAGGCUCUGCACCGGUCUGCUCUCUCACCCCCCCAUGGCUGGGUGGGGACCUUGGACAGAGGCACUCUGCGUGUGGGCCGGGAUGCUGCUGGAGGACAAGGCGCCCAGGCACCCUAGGCACUGGUUUUAACUCGCCAAAGUGAUUUUUUAAAGACUGAACCAGUUUCUCUGCCUGCCUCCGCUGUGGUUGGAGGGGCAUCUGCGCGGGGCUGCCUUCCUCGCUGCUUGGGGAGGGGCAGGAAAAGCCCCUCAAGCCUUUGUCUCUUGGCAGGGGCAUGGCUGAGAGUGCCCCGUCCAAUGUGGGACGGGGGGGUUGUUAAAGUGGCACAGGCCCCCAGCUCCGUCGCCUUCUUUCUGCCCUGCCAGCAGCAAUAAGAGCCUGACUCCUCCUCUCUUGCUCCGUUCCGUGCCCUUCCCACUGAUCCACGGAGCUUGUGCCACCGUUUUGGGCCUCUUCCUUGUGCAGCCGGCCACCUGCCUACCCAUGCCUUGGUAGACUGGGAGGUGAGCUGGGCUCCUCCUCCUCUUCCCCUGCCCCCACCCAUGACAGUUGGGGCUGAGAUGGACGAUUGAUGCCAUGGGUGUCUCUCUUCAACCCAAGGCGGGCGGCUCCACCCUCCUCCCUGCCGGAGCAGGAAUUCCUCUGGGGCCAUGGGGAGGGGGCCUGGGGGCGGCGGCUGCUGCUUGACCACUGAGCUGUGCCCAGCCCCUCCCUGGAUCUGCCCAAAGUCACUGGAGCUUCCAUCUUUCCUCAUGUGCCUUGUUCCCCCUCCUCCUCUUCUUCUUCUUCCUCCUUGAUGACAAUCUGUUGCUGGUCCUGGGGUUGCACUGCCCGCCUCGCCUGCCUCUCUCCCUCCGGGUCUGUUCCCUGCUCUCUGCUGCUGGCGGAGGUGGAGGCUGUGCAGUUGUGGGCAGGGGAAAGAACGGGCUGCCCAGGACUCGUUUUCUAUCAUAACUUUUUUGGUGCACAAAUAAUUUCUUGUAAUUUAAACAAGGAGCCAAUUCCUGUGGCCAGUUGUUUUGUUUUUUUAAUUUAAUGGAUGUGGAUAUAACGCUAGAGAGAUUAAAGUUUAUUAAAUGUUGGAACUAUGCAAA